CUGUUGCGCGCAAACACAUUCAGUCAGCCAUAAGACAGGACCGCGGUCACGCGUUUCUGAACGUCACAUUUUAUUUUUAAAUUCAAAUUUUAUAUUUUUAAUUCUUCCAAUUUCUGAACGUAAGCAGUGUCAGUUUAUUUUUUAAGUGGAUUUCUGGCGGCAAUCACGAAAUUAAUGAACACAAAAUGGCCGCGGUCAAUGGAAAGGAUUUGAAUUCAGAACAGCCCGCCGUCCCGCCGUCUUCUCUCAUUCGUCGAGUGAGUUCACGUUCGAUUCGCAAUUCAAUUUCGGAGGAAAAAGAAAAUGGCGAAAGCGCGGGAAAGUCUUUCGUGAGCAAAUAUAAGAAAACUCCUGAAGCUUUGAAGAAUUUCCACUUGAACGAUGCUGAGAGUGAACUAGAGGUUCCUGGCACACCAAUGACACCUAGGACAUCCACCACACCUGGCCAUGAGAACUGCACAUUCCACCAUGAUCUGGAGCUCGACCACCGGCCGCCCACCAGAGAGGCUCUCCUGCCCGACAUGGCCAACUCCUACAGAUUGCUGCUUACAGGGCUGGGCGAAGACCCAGAGAGACAGGGUCUCCUGAAGACUCCGGAGCGCGCCGCUAAAGCUAUGCUCUUCUUCACCAAGGGCUAUGACCAGAGCCUUGAAGAGGUGCUAAACAACGCUAUAUUCGACGAAGAUACUGAUGAGAUGGUGGUGGUGAAGGAUAUUGAAAUGUUCUCCAUGUGUGAGCAUCACUUGGUGCCAUUCUAUGGGAAAGUCUCCAUCGGAUACCUGCCUCAAGGAAAGAUCCUUGGGCUUAGCAAGUUGGCCAGAAUCGUGGAGAUCUUCUCCAGGCGACUGCAGGUGCAGGAGAGGCUGACGAAGCAGAUCGCCAUCGCCGUCACCCAGGCCGUACGCCCCGCCGGCGUGGCUGUCGUUAUUGAGGGAGUACACAUGUGCAUGGUGAUGCGAGGAGUCCAGAAGAUCAACAGCAAGACAGUCACAUCCACCAUGCUUGGAGUUUUCCGCGAUGACCCGAAGACACGAGAGGAAUUCCUCAACCUCGUACAUUCCAAGUGAGACGCUUAUGUCGCCGUUCGUAACUUUUUACUGGAGCUGUAUCUAUCAUUUUCGUUCCUUCUCGACUGUAUUCGUAUUCAAAAGAUAUUCGAGAUGUCUUUUAUCGUUAAUUUUUCUGGCAGGUUUUAUUUUUCGACUUUAACCCUAAUCUCUAUAAUCAAAGAUAAAGGUAUCAUAAGAAUUCAUAAAAAAAACGAUCUUUAAAAAUUAAAAAAGUAUAUAAUUAAAUAAAAUUCUGUAAAUUGUUUGUGUCCUUUCUGAGCCUUACGGUUCACUAUAUCUAUAUUUUAGGAUUUCAACGGACUAUAAGUGAUCUUCUGAUGGCUUGUGGCCCACACCAUUAAGGAUGGCAACUAUUUAUGUCACAAUAGUCGUUAAGACCUCAAUUUUUCGGAAUUAAUCAUUACAACAGAAAAUAUAUAUGUCAGAUAAAUUAACAAAGAGUUUCAUCUCGAAGACUUUAUUCGUUUCAGCUGGUUUUGUUCCGCUGAAUUUGUAUGUAUGAGUAUAAUUUGAUUUGAAUGGAUAUGUGAAUUGUGCUUUGUACAUAGUAUCUGUGUUAGAUAAUUCUGAGCAAUAUGUGUGAUACUUGUCCUAAUUACAUCAUUGAUUUACGUUGUCAGAAAACAUUGGAAGUGAAGAUUAAAGUAUUGCUCAGAUUUUCACAUAUGUUAAGCACAAUUUAAAUUUGGUUUUCUAUAAAAUGUUCUUACUUUUAAACUAGAAUGAUAAUUUGCAAAAUUUUCACAAGGUUUGCAUUUUUGUGUUGUUUAAUUUCACAGUUUUGAAUGAUGUUUUGCACGAGUUUGUACGUUGGUCGUUUAUUAGUAAGAACUUUAAUUUUGUAUGAAAAUAAUAAUUAAUCAGUAAAAAGUGUUUAAAAUAUUUUCCAAAGAAUAAAACCGCCAUCACUAAAUACCUAUAAAUAAUAAAAAAUCAAAUUGAGAUAUUAAACGAAAUAUAUUUUUGGUAACUAUGUUUUUGCAUAUAAUAAUAAUUAGCAUAUAAAAUAAAAAUUGGCGACCAUUUUUGGAAAAUAUUUUUUUCACUGUGUAUUUUUUUCUUCAAAUGUUACGAACGUCGUUUUAAGUAAUUGGAAUUACGAUUUAUUUUAGUUUAGAAAAAAUAUCCGUAACUUAUUUUGUUAUACGGAUGUGAAUGUGCCAAAAGAGUUUUUAUGAAAAUAUUGUGUGAAUUUGUUUGAAAAAAAGGUUAUUCAUGUCCUUAUUUCAAUUUAUGUUAUGUUUUUUUAUUUUCAAAAAAGAUAAAGUCACCAUUACCAUUUUGAAACACUUUGCCUUUUUUGAAAAUUUUACGAAAAACUGCCUUAGCCUAUAGCUUAGUGGUAAUUUUUUGCGAACACUUUUCCGUGCAGCUUCGCUUUUUCGACUCACCAGGGUCUAAUAUUGUUAUUAUUCUUUUAUAGUAUUUUACAUUAUUCCUAAAUAAUAUUUAAUUUAAUAAUUAAAUAAUUUUCAUGACAAUAAUGAUGACACUAUAUUAAAAUAUUUUUUCUACGGAAAAUGUGGUAGAAAAUAUUGCCCAAACUUACCAUAUUUUCCGAAAUAAAUUUUAUAAAUAUAUUUUGUUAAAGAAUAGUACAAAAAGUAUGAAAUGAUUGAUAUACUUCUCAGGUGAAAAAAAUAUGGAAUAAUUUGUGGACCAAUAUCUUUAUUUAAUUCUUGAAAAGACAAAAAUCUUAAGCAGUCAUGGCUGAUGCUUGACAUUUUUGUGAAAAAAAAAACAUGAAUUAAUUUUAUGUGAAAACAUUCAAAAAAAGAUGGAUGCCCAACGUUGCCUUAAUGAAAAGUGUAAAUGUACGAAUUUUUGAUAUGUUAAGAUUAUAUUGUGGAAUUUUGACGAGUUUCUGAUUUUAUAAAUAAAGGUUUUUAUUUUUAAGUUGA